AUGUCUUCUAACACUCCUCAAUUUGAUACAAUAGAAGAUUCUAUAGAAGCUUUUCGAGAUGGAAACUUCGUCAUAGUCCUCGAUUCUACUUCUCGCGAAAAUGAAGGUGAUCUUAUAAUAGCAGCGUCAGCUAUGACCCCAGAAAAAAUGGCAUUUAUGGUUCGGCAUACUUCAGGAAUCGUUUGUACACCUAUCAUGCCAGACCUCGCCAAGGCUUUAGAGCUGCCGCUGAUGGUCGGAGAAAAAGAAAGCGAAGACCCAAAUCAAACUGCCUACACUAUCUCUAUUGACGCAAAGCACCCUUCAAUUACGACCGGCAUAUCUGCACAUGACCGUGCUCUCGCAUGCAAUCUCCUCGUCUCGGCCGAGGCUAGCCUUACUCCAAAACCUUUCCACUUUCGGCGUCCUGGCCAUAUAUUUCCCCUCAUAGCUCGACCCGGUCUCAUCCGCCAGCGCCGCGGGCAUACGGAAGCAGCGAUAGAACUUUGCCGACUGGCUAGUUUGCCGUUGGUAGGUGUCAUAAGCGAAAUAGUAGAUGACGGCAUUGAGACAAAAGGAAAGGCGGAGAGAAAAGAGCCCGGAAUGAUGAGAAGAGCUGAAUGUAUUGAGUUUGGAAAGCAAUGGGGGCUCAAGUGCUGCUGUAUAGAAGAUCUAGUAGCAUUCGUUGAGGCGGAGGAAGCAGAAAUUGAGAGCGUUGUCGACCCUAUCAGUUGUCACACGCCAAGCGUCACAAAAAAUACUUGA